AUGCCGGGGAGCUUUGAAGGCUCCGAGGCUGAUCGUAGAUCAGCCAGUGACCGCUUCGAGAGCCAGAUAUGUUCCCUCAUAGAGAUGUACGGCUCCGAGACUCCUUUUGCCCCGAAGCCUUGGAUUCCAAGUGCAGUGCAAGGCCCGUCUGAGAAUGAGCCUGACGAGCUACCGAAAGGUGUGGAGGACGAGAAACGUUCCCUUCCACAUGUUUUUCGUUUUCUUCCCAACGUCACGGGAGUCUGGACUGUGCUGCAGGUGGACGAAGCUUCUGCUGUCGAAGGGUACAGACACUUCAUCGCUGUGGCCGAGUGGUACCGCUUCAAAACCCCAUUUACGCAAUGGUUUACAAAGAACUACUCGGGAAACUUCUUGCCGCUUGCACACAUGCUAGAGAUCGGUGGUGGCCAUGUCCGUUACCCAGUCACUUUUGUCUACGCCCAGGUUGCCCGGCGAACAACUUACAAGGGUCAAGUCAAGGAUCUGACAUGCCUGCCGGUGGAUGCCUGCACCGUGCCGGGCAUCCUCGUCCUGCUGGCGACGCUGUUGCCUACUGCGAGUUUCGGGCCAGAGGGAGUGGCCGAAUCUGUGUCGUUUAUGGAGAGGCUCGAGCAGCACAUGAACAUGAACCAGUCUGUGCAGCUGCUGCCCUUUGCACAAACUUUCAAAGUUGAUGUUCGCGAGAACAAGCUGCCAGUGGAACAGAUCAAAGCCAUCCUCUCCGACCUUGGCCUGAGUUGGUCGAGGUUUGCGAAACGAAUGACUGGCAGCACCAUCGGCAUCAUGAUGCCUUUCAGUGUGUUCUUGACCACAUCCUUUCGUUUGAAGGGAGACCCCGAGUUCUGCAAUUCUUUGGGCUUUCGCCGCUUAACCAAGCGGGCAGCUCACAUCUGGGCACAGGAGGCUGAGCUGACACUGGAACGAUGUGUCGUCGUAGACUGCCCGGACCCGACGCUGGCAACCAAGUACCAUCCUUUCAUGAAGAGCUCCCGACGCAGAGGCAACAAAACACUUCGCAUGCACAUGGUGAGCCGCUUCUUGUGCAGAGGUGCUGGGUAUAUUUCCAUGAAAGACGAGAAGAGCUUGGGUGACUUAGGUGUCGUAGAUGCAAAGAGCACCCUGGCCGACCGCACAUCUUCGGAGUACGUUGGACGCCUUCUGUUGAAGGCGGAGGCCACGGUGAGCGAUUGCCUCCAGAGACAACGCCUUCGGUGCUUGAACUUCUGCUUCGACGCGACGUCGUUUGCUGGCGAGCAGGUCUUGUCGGUCGUCUACCGGAUGGACGGUCUUCAUUUCGCUGGAGCAACGCAGCUCCUGCCUGUGAACACUUGCAGCAAGACGGAGGCAGUGGCAGCAGCAGUUGCAUUGUCAAGUUGCUUGGAAGGUGUCCUCCCAGACAAUGCGAAGUCCAGGUUCGCUUUGCCCAAGGAUGCACAUUCUUUUCGAGAAUUUCGCACGCCCACGAAGCACUUGCUGUCUGGCUUAGCAAACAGUUUACAGCAGGCGAUGCCUGCAGGCUGGACCCUCCAGGGAUGCAUCCCGCCGAACCCCCUGCUGCCCGCUGCACGUGGCUGUGAUCGGUUGCCCUUCGAGGUUGAGAAGUCGCUCCUGAACCCGAAGCUUGCCCAGGACGCCAAGGUCUACUUUGUGUGGGAUCCUGAAGCAUCUGAAGGACGCCAAGACUUCUAUGUUCACGAGGACUUUGUCCGUCUCGUGUUUGGGGCGGACGAAGGGACGGAGGGAUUCGUUGGCUGGCAACACCUGUGCUCCCAGAACCUCUGGGCAGUUUUCUGGCCAGACUUGUUUCACAAAGCCGCCCGAAAGGCGGGCUCCGCCAUACGCCGACUAGAAGAAGGACCCCAAUUCCUCCGUCGACUGAUGACUCUAUUUCGCUUUUCACGGGGCCCCUUCAAAAGCAGUCGCUUUGGUCGCACCGUGGCAGAGGCCAGGGAUCACUUGCUGCGGUUGCUCAAGGAGGAUCCGAAUUCAGACUUCGUUCAGCUCUGGCUCACCGGUAUGGCGAAGGAUGAGGCUGGAUGGUGCAAUGUCGGAGGCCCCGCCUCCUCGGACUUCUCCGGCACGCACGCCGUGGCUCUGCUGGAGAAACGCAAAGGUGUCAUGCACUUGCGAGCUGACACAGCGAAGGACGUACGAUGGUUCAGCUUUUACGAUUAUGCCGUCGCAUUAGACAAAUGCUGGCAUACCGAGGCCAUGGCACACUGUUUCUCCCUCUUCGUCGAGGGGAAGAAUCCAUGGGGUUUGAAUCGCACUGGAGAUGCAAGCGACGUGCUUGCUGACGACACCAAUCAGGACAAGACACGUGCUUUCAUCGUGGUUUUCAAAGCGCUCCGAAUUUACGUGGCCGACUGUGUGCCUGAUCCGAACAUUGGAGGGCUACCCCCCAAGUAUCUCCAUGUUGUUUGGGUAUGUGGCAGCAUGAGCCAAACUUCAAACAAAAGAUCAAGCCUGAGGCAAGAGAUUUUCAGAACAGUGGCUCCGCCUCCAUCCGCCACUACAUCUCUUUGGCGACGGGCAAAAAAGUUGGCAAGUUGA